GCCUACGCAUGCACCUCACAACGCAGAUCCAUCUAGUUUCAAAGCCGAAAAGUCUUCCUCAAGCUUGCUUUGAUCAAUAUCUUUUGUCUCUGACUGCGACCAAAUGUAUUCGUUUUUUUCUUUACUUAUUUUAGUGUGUCCAUGCCACUCUUUCAGCAGCUGUGCGCCAGCAGGCAGCCUGAGAGCACAGGGUGGUGGUCUGGAUCUGGGUGGAGUUAAGUAGGCUAUCUGUGUCACACACUGACAACUGGGAACCCUCCCGCACCAAAGUAACAGGUGUCCUCCUCCUUCAGAGCCACAGUCACAUCACCGGGGGGCUGCCUGUCCACGCCGCAGACUCUCUCCCUCAACUGAUCUGAACGCUGUUCUCUACUUGAUCUGAUCCUACUACUUCCAGGAAAUCGCUUUAACACAGAGCUACAAAUGAUGCACUCGGCACAGAAAGACACCACGUUCACCAAGAUCUUUGUGGGAGGUCUUCCUUAUCACACCACGGACUCGAGUCUCAGGAAAUAUUUCGAGGUGUUUGGAGACAUCGAUGAGGCUGUUGUCAUCACCGAUCGGCAGACGGGGAAAUCCAGAGGUUAUGGAUUUGUUACCAUGGCAGACCGGGCCUCUGCUGACCGAGCCUGCAAGGACCCCAACCCCAUAAUAGAUGGCAGGAAAGCCAAUGUGAACCUGGCCUACCUGGGGGCCAAGCCGAGGGUCAUACAGCCAGGUGAGGGACUGGACUACAGCUUUGUUUCCCAACUUCAAGAUAAUCAAGGAUUUGCAUUUGGCAUGCCUCAGAUCCAUCCAGCAUUCAUCCAAAGGCCUUACGGAGUCCCUGCACACUACGUCUACCCUCAGGCCUUUGUCCAACCCAGCAUGAUGAUGUCUCACGUACAACCUUCUGCUGCUACAGCAACAGCUGCUGCUGCCACUUCCCCAUACCUUGACUAUACUGGAGCAGCGUAUGCCCAGUACUCUGCAGCUGCCACCGCUGCUGCCGCUGCUGCUGCAUAUGAGCAGUAUCCAUACGCAGCCUCACCAGCACCAACAAGCUACAUGACUACAGCAGGGUAUGGAUACACUGUCCAGCAGCCACUUGCCGCUGCUGCCACCCCAGGAGCUGCCGCUGCUGCUGCCGCCUUCAGCCAGUACCAACCUCAGCAGCUCCAGACAGAUCGCAUGCAGUAAAACCAUGAAAAUGACCGUAAAGGGGGAAAGCAGGGGAGGUCCGGAAGUUAUGAGGGGGAAGAUUGUAGGGGCUGAAUGAUGGUUGUCACAGCCAGGUUUUAACUUGGCAGUCCUUCUACCAAAGAGCCUGACGAAAAUCAGCAGAAAUGUGGAGAGAAGUGAGGGAUUACUGUAUAUUUUAUUCGAGGGACAUCAGUAUUUUGUCACUGUUGAACAUGUUUGAAUAUUUAAUAUUUAUUCAGCAGGAAAAUAUUUAAUGUUAACUGAAGUAGACUCACUCAACCAUUGCUGUAUUUUCUAUAUAUGUAGCAGUGGAAUUUGUAUACAAUUUCCAAUUUUCACGUCUUAUGAUCAGGUUUCUUCCCCACUUUGAAAACAAACCAAAACACUUGCGUACAUAUGAAAACAGAUUGUUAGGUCAUUAUGCAGUGUUCAGUAUUUCGUAGUUUUGGACCAGCAUUUUGUUUGGUAAAGCUAUGCAGACAUUGAUAUAGAAGCUAGCGUUUCGUUAGGAUUGUUCUCCUUUUUUAAUAAUCGUUUGGAGUGAGAUAGAUUAGACACUGUCAACUAGUUUCCUUAAAAAUAUAUUUUCAUGAUACUUUGUCAGACAAAAUGUCAGCUGAAGCUGGUAAAAGCACUCUAUUUUCUUCUCCUUAAAUUGCACCUCAAGUAAACUCAGCAUAAGGGAAGAAACAUUGUUGAAUGUGAAUCUUUCAUUUUGACAAAAUGUUUCAUAAUGUGCCUUUUAAAUUAUGCUAUUUAUGUAUUUAUUUUGGAGCCUUACAGUAAUGAACCCUUUAUUUUGUGUUCAUGUGUUGGUAUGAAGCCUACUAAAGAACAUGUCCACAUGUGCUGCUGCAUAAUGAUCAAGAGCAUGUGAUGGAUGUUUGAAGUUGGCUUAACAAAGUGAUACACUGUGUAUAAAGAACAAAAGAUGAGUGGAAAGGUAGCAAUAAGUCCAAUGCAUUUUCUAUUGAUCUAAUGUCUCAAAAAGAUUCUUAAUUCUUAAAUGUCCCUUUUUAUACUUGACCAGUUUGAUAAAGGACAGCGUGAGAACUGUUAACUUUUUUUAUUUUUUACAUUUGAUGUCAUUAGACAUUAAAUGUUUUCUAAUGCAAGGACAUCACCUGUUUCACCUUGCAUUUUAUAAUGCAUAACUCAAAAUAAUGCAAACAUUUAAUAUGUGAAAUAAAAAGAAA